AUGACCUACGCCAUCAACGAGCUCUCAGAUUUGUCUGAAAAGGAGUUCUUCGCUCUGAACGGCGUCCCCAGCACCAAGCCGCCCGGUGAGGAGUACUACAACUUCGUCCGUCUGAACGUCGACCCCAAUCUGCCGCGGAGCAUAGACUGGCGACAGUACUUUGGACCGAUUGAGAACCAGGGUCAAUGCGGCAGCUGCUGGAGCUUCGCCGCCUCGGCCGUGGUCGAGGCGUUGGGUCGCAUCAAGCACGGUCGCUGGGACCAGCUGUCGAAGCAAGAGUUGAUUGACUGCACCAACCAACAGCUUCACCCUGAUUAUGCGAAUCUAGGCUGCCGAGGCGGGCACAUCAUCGAGGCCUUCCGCUACGUGCACGAGCACGGCCUGAGCACCAAUGCCCAGUACCCCUACCAGAUGGCGGUGGGCAACUGUCGGGCGGGGCUGACCACCCGCGAUCCGCUGGCCAAGGUGGCCAGUUUCUUUCAGCUCGUCCCGGGGGCCACCUCCGACGCGGAGAUGAUGACCGCCCUGAAGUCCUAUGGGCCGAUUGGCGUGACCAUUCACGCCAGCUUCCGCGAGUUCAUGUACUACCGCGGGGAUACGAUCAUGAACUAUUUCCCCAAUGGAAGUCCGCAGCUGAAUGAUCACGCCAUCGUCCUGGUGGGCUAUGGGACUACCAGCCAGGGCUACGACUACUGGAUCAUUCGCAACUCGCACGGGGCCAGUUGGGGCGACCACGGCUAUGG